ACGCAGUUCGAAUUUCGCGAGCCUUAUUUGAAAUGCAGCUGAAAAAGAAUAAUGCAAUCAUGGCAGGCCGUUUUCUUGAACUCAGUUUAAUGUUGGAGCACCAAAUGUGGAAUUUUGAGACCCCUUUGAAACAGUUCUCUGUAUUGACCCCAGAGUUACUUUCAAAACUGCAAGAUAAAGAUUUAAGUGUUCUAAGACUUAGAGAAAUGGAUGCCAGAGAAAUAGGAAUUAUGGUUCAUCACAAUAAUAAGGGUGCUCUCAUCAAAAAAUGUGCAAUGGAAUUGCCAAUGGUAGAAAUGGAAUAUUCACUUCAGCCAAUAACUCGAAAUGUCCUCAGAGUCCGUCUCUCAGUUAUUCCAAAUUUUACAUGGAAUGAUAAAGUACAUGGCAAGUAUUCAGAGCCAUUUUGGAUUUGGAUUGAAGAUCCAGAUAGUAACUUUAUUUAUCAUUCAGAGCAUUUUCUGCUAAUGAGAAAGCAGAUCUUCUAGAGUUACAACCUUUGCCAACAACUGCUCUUAAGAAUCAAAAGUUUCAAGAUCUAUACAAAUUCUCACACUUUAACCCAAUUCAAACUCAGAUCUUUCAUUGCCUGUAUCAUACUGAUAGCAAUGUUUUGUUGGGAGCGCCAACUGGAUCUGGCAAGACAAUCGCUGCUGAAAUUGCUAUGCUCAGAGUUUUUACAGAAUAUCCUGGCUGUAAGGUGGUCUACAUAGCGCCUCUAAAGGCUCUUGUAAGGGAGAGAAUUGAUGAUUGGAAAGUUCGCUUGGAGGCAAGAUUAGGAUAUCAAGUCAUUGAAUUAACAGGCGAUGUAACACCAGAUGCAAGAGCUAUUUCUUCUGCUUCUGUAAUAGUUAGUACUCCAGAAAAAUGGGACGGAGUGUCUCGUAGUUGGCAGACUCGAAACUAUGUCAGAGAAGUAGCUCUUAUUGUGAUUGAUGAAAUUCAUUUACUAGGUGAAGAUCGAGGCCCUAUUUUAGAGGUCAUUGUAUCUCGAACCAAUUUUAUUUCACAUCAUAUAAAUCGUACUUUGAGAAUUGUGGGUCUUUCAACUGCAUUGGCCAAUGCAAAAGAUUUAGCCAACUGGUUGAGUAUAGGAGAGAUGGGUCUCUACAAUUUCCGUCCUUCCGUUCGACCUGUUCCUUUAGAGGUACACAUCACAGGCUUUCCAGGAAAACACUAUUGUCCAAGAAUGUUCACAAUGAAUAAACCAGCAUUCCGAGCCAUUCGCUAUCAUUCACCAGCUCAGCCUGUCCUCAUAUUUGUAGCGUCACGACGUCAAACAAGACUGACUGCACUAGAUCUCAUAGCUUUUCUUGCAAGUGAAGACAACCCCAAACAGUGGAUGCACACAACGGAAGAGGAAAUGGAUCAGAUUGUUGAAACCAUCAAGGAUUCAAACCUUAAAUUGACCCUGGCUUUUGGGAUUGGUCUGCAUCAUGCUGGUCUCAUUGAAAGAGAUCGUCGGGUCGUGGAAGAGUUGUUUAUCAAUCAAAAGAUUCAGGUCAUCAUAGCUACUGCAACUUUAGCAUGGGGAGUUAAUCUACCUGCUCAUCUAGUCAUCGUCAAAGGAACAGAAUAUUUUGAUGGGAAACAGAAGCGUUAUGUUGACAUGCCUAUCACAGAUGUUUUGCAAAUGAUAGGUCGCGCAGGACGUCCGCAGUACGACACCCAGGCUGUUGCUUGUGUUAUGGUUCAUGAUAUCAAGAAAAAUUUUUACAAGAAAUUUCUGUAUGACCCGUUUCCUGUCGAAUCCAGUUUGUUAGCAGUAUUACCUGAUCAUAUUAAUGCAGAAAUAGUGGCAGGAACCAUAAAAAGUAGGCAAGAAGCUCUAGAUUACCUCACUUGGACCUACUUUUUCCGGCGGCUUUUACAAAAUCCCACGUACUAUGGGCUUGAAUGUCUAGAUCCAUCUAUGAUCAAUCUGUUCUUAUCCCAAUUAGUUGAAAAAUGCAUGAAAAUGCUGUGUGAAGCUUAUUGCAUUGUCUUGGAUGAGGAUAACCGCAGUCUCUUCUCGACCUCGCUGGGACGCAUUGCUUCAUUCUAUUAUAUUAGUCAUAAAACAAUGCUUCAUCUGCGUGAAUCCCUUCUACCCACUUCAACAGACGUUCAACUUCUAGAGAUCAUAGCCUUUGUUCAUGAAUUUAGUGAACUUCCUGUAAGACACAAUGAAGACAUUUUGAAUGGAGAACUAGCAAAAAGUUGUCCGUUAUCUGUAGAUGGAAUGAUGCUGGACUCUCCUCACACCAAAACCUUUUUGCUUUUUCAAGCUCAUUUUUCGAGGAUACCUUUGCCCUCAGCUGAUUAUUUUACUGAUUUAAAAUCAGUUUUAGACCAGUCAAUCCGUGUCAUCCAGGCUAUGAUCGAUGUGAGUGGGGAACAAGGGUGGCUGGUGACAACGCUUAGGUUGCAAAUCAUCAUGCAAAUGAUCAUACAAGCUCGAUGGCGAACCGAUUCACCUAUAUCCACUGUGCCGCACCUAGAACCACAAGAUGUAAAUUUGUUUUUAAAUGAAACUCCUGCUGCAGUGUGCACAUUGCCCGGACUAAGAGAUGUUGCCUCAAAGCAGUUUGAGCUGGUGGCAAACAUACUAAGAAAAGAACUGAACGAGCAAGAAAUUGGAGAGGUUUGCACUGUUCUCUUGAAUCUACCAGUCUUGCAAGUCGAAAUCUAUUUGUGUGGUCGGUGGCCUAAUAAUGAGCCCAACAGCCAGAUUCCUGUUAGGUUAACACCUAUUCCUGUUUUUGCUGAUGAGGACUACACGCUGGUAAUAAAUCUUCAUCGUCUGAACAGAACAAAAGAAAUUCGUGUUCACUCCCCAAAAUUUCCAAAACCUAAAGAUGAGGGAUGGUUUUUAACUUUGGGAACCAUUGAGGACAAACAAUUACUCGCACUUAAAAGAGCAACAUCUGGAAAACAUCAACUGGUUUUCCGAAGCUCAAGUUUUCCAGGUUUGCACAACCUGACGUUAUACAUAAUCUCAGAUGCUUAUUUGGGUCUCGAUCAACAGUAUGACAUUUACCUGGAUGUUCAAAUAUCUACAGAAAUGGAUCUCUCAAAGCAAAAGAAUAGCAACAAGCUCCGGACGAAUCCAUCGAGACGUAUGUCACGAAGUUAAUGAACUUAGCCUUAA